GUCGCAUGACCGCUCUGAAAGGGGGCUCUAUAAAACCAGAGACGCCCUGAUAAAACCAGCCAAGCAUGAAUUAUGCCCAAACAACACAUUAUAUCGAACAGGGAACAGUAGAAAGUGCACGUGUAAUGAAGCAUGGUUGAUAAAUAUCGGUCAAAUCAUGUAGCUACUUCAACAAAGUUAGGCCUAUUCAAACGACGAGCCGGGCCUUAUAUGCUGUGCAGGAAUGUGAUUUAAAAAAGAUGAACACCAGGCAGUCUUGUAAAUGUUUUAGUGAGGCAAUCACCAUAGUCAAGUCUCAGCGUCAAGAUUAUAAUGGCACAAUUUGAUAUCCGCCACUACUACGACUACUAAAGCUUCUGAAUGGUAAUUAACGAAGCCAGUGAUUACGCGAAUGGUAUCAGUGUCCUCUAAUCAUCUUAGACAUCGCAGGUGUUUUGUACCAUCACAAAACUAGAUAACAAAAAAAAUCGGUAGGUCAACAGCUUAUUUCUUCACUUUUGGAGCUGGAUAAGCGACGUUUACUUGAUAGACAGCCAUGAAUGAGAGAUUAGGAGAUCGAUUUCGUCACAUAUUCGUGAUUAUUUUGGUGGUGCUCUUCGGGUCGGGAUCAUGGUUGGCCAUCAAUGGAUUAUGGGUGGAACUGCCCCUCAUGGUAGCCCUCGGAAUCCCUGAAGGAUACAAUCUUGCCUCCUACCUGGUCAUCAUCAUCCAGUUAGCGAACGUUGGACCUCUUUCGUUCACGGCCUUCAGCUACUUCGUGAAGGGAAACAAGCUUGAGAUCCCCACCAUAUACUUGAGUUUGUCCGCUGGAGUAUUGGCAUGUCUUCUUCUUGUAUUCUUCUGGGAUGCGACGACUGUUUGGGGAGUGUUUGGAGAACCACGCAGUACUGCAUUGAUAUGCCUGUCUUUCGUCCUAGCUCUGGUGAACUGUACAUCCUCGGUGACAUUCAUCCCGUUCAUGGUCAAACUGAAAAGCUCGUACAUGACAUGGUUUUUCGUUGGUCAGGGUUUUAGUGCCUUGGCACCAAGCUUGGUAGCCCUCGGACAAGGCGUUGGCAAGCAGGUGUGCGUCGCCAAUUACACUUACCUCUCAACUGGCGACAAUUGCACAUCAUGGAUGUCGCAAACGCAACCGGCUAAAUUCGCACCAGAGACCUUCUUUUCGUUCCUCUGCGCAUCCAUGUUUCUGUCCUUCGCAGCCUUCCUUUUCCUGCACAUUCUUCCUUCGUCCAAGAAGGAGUACGCUCAGCAAACUACCGAGACACAGUCAUCCUCUGAAAAAUACAACGAGUCAAGGUCUAGCGAGACCGAAUUCAACAAAGAGGACAGUACGGAAAAACAAAAGGCUUCAGACAGACUAGAAGAAGAGACUUCUGAGCAACGACAAGGAUAUUCUAAAGGAGAAUACGCCAUUUUAUUUGUCAUCCUUGCCAUUACCAAUGCCUUAAGCAACAGCGUUCUUCCGUCAAUCCAGAGCUUUUCUUGUGGCGCCUACGGCUUCAAUGCUUAUCUUCUAGCGGCUACAUUGGGCCAGGUAGCCAAUCCUUUAGCUUGCUUCAUCGUCAUGUUCUUCCCACAGACGAGUCUGGUCUUGGUAGCAGGGACCUGUCUUCUAGGACUCCUGAUGGGAGGUUAUUGCAUGGCCACAGCUUUACUGAGUCCAGCACCACCCCUACAGGGAGAGAUAUCAGGAGUCGUUCUUGUGGUGAUAGCUUGGAUCCUAGCAGGUGGUCUCUUUGCUCACGUGAAGGCCACCAUCGGGUUUAUCCUCCGUAACCAGCCCCAAAACCAUCGACUGCUGACAUGGUACGGUAUCGUCACCCAACUUGGCUCAAUGACAGGCGCCCUCAUCAUCUUUCCCUUCGUCAAUGUCCUCUCUGUGUUUGUACCGUACUACAGCGAUCCAUGUCAAGGAUAUCCCAUCUGCGAGCCGUCAUAGCAUUUGGAUUGCUAGUAUGUUUGAGCAUUUCUGAGCAGCUCGACUUUGGACAGUACCAAAGUUAGCAGUGCAAAGAAGCGUCAUUGCUAUUAUCGAGUACGUAUAAGGUUUGAUGAGCUAUUUAAGGGUGUUCGUUGACCACAGUAGUGGCUUCAGAGUU